AUGGAGCAACCGACGACUGUCAAAUUCAAUUUAUCAGUAGAAUUAAUAACUAGAUACCGUAGAACCAGCAACAGACUUAUUGAUACAAUGCAAAUGUUUAAUAAUAAAUUCGUGGAAACAGAACUGAUAAUAUACGACAAAGCAAAGAAAAUUUUGCAAGCAGUGAUUGGAAAACUGGAGAUUGUGAUUUCUUAUGGACCUUGUGAAUUUGAAUGGAUGGAUGAAGUUCACAAGUCUAUACUAGAUUUCAACGAAUGUACAGACAAAUAUGAAGAUAUUCUAUAUGAUAUCGAUCAACUACCAAAACCGAACUCUAAACGACGCCGUUAG